CAUAGCGAUAAUUCUAUCUAUAUAUAUAUUUCUUAUGUGUGGUUCUCGUUACGUAAUCACAACUGUUCGAUAGGAUAAGUGAGGUCAAUGCAACACGUACCGUAACUGGAAUCACAAUGAAUAGGAGCUAAUGUUGCAUCGAAAUCAUUUCGGCCGGGAGUAUUGAUGCCACCGUUCGAGUAAGCUGAUUACAGUAUUAAGAUCCGUGGGAUUGGCUGAAGAAUGUCUCAUGAUUCAUUAUUAUUAAUUUUUGUAUGAGGUUUGGAGUAUGCAUUAGUAUUUAAUAAAAUACUGUAUCGAUAUCUAAGUGGAAUUUAUUGUAUGAAAGAAAUAAGCACGAGUCGUAAAUGAAAGUUGCCCAUGUAUGCAUAAAAUUGUCUUAAUGACGGCACUAGUGAUAUGAAGCUAUCUAUUUAAAUGGAAGUUGGAACACGUGAUCACAUCCGUAACAUGAUCAGAAGCGAACAUGAUCGGUAGAAAUUCUGACACAUUGGCUGUGUCAAGCUGUGAUUAAUUGUUUAACGGUUGUAUGUCAUAAAAUGAAAGAUAUGUAUUAUACGUAUAAAAACACUUUUUAAUUCAUUCUGAUCAUUAAACAUAUUUUUUUAAAUUAGCUGAUUGUGUAAAAGACUGUAUAGUACAGUAGUAACGUUGGUUCGGGAAGUACUUCUCCACUUACUUCAAUUACCAUGGGCAAGUACUCAUUAGAUAUCAUUGCAACUAUCAAUUUCGUAUACUUGACCGAUUGUAAUGCUGUAGCUAGUGUGCUAGUUCAUCACGGUAUCUACAAACAAGCGAUAAAACGUCAAACUACAUCUGCAUGCGUUCCUCCACGUAGUAGCGCCGCCGAUUAUGCUUAUUUGAGCUAUGGACACACACUGAACACACGGAACCGCAAAAAGCAUCGAUCUCGUAUCUUCAGUAUCAUCGUAUUUAAUCGAUAAGUAUUUAGCGUCUUCAGAUUACGGUGUGUUCAGCGUGUUACGUAUCUAAGAUCAAGAAUACGUCAUUAAAUUCAGUUUCACCGCACCUUCCUGCAUACUAUCAGGAUAAACAGCUCCAGUUUGCCAUUAACUAGCGUGAAGGAGCUUGACUCUACAUUCUGCAAACUGAUCAUUCAAGAAUCUUUGUGAUAAUAAAGGAACUUUGGCAGUGUUAAAAUUAAAAUUGAAGGUGAUUGGGAAUCGCGAAGGGAGACUGUUAGCAAUUCGCUAAAAAAACGUGCUUUCCAUACGUUUACCUUGAUUCUUUAUUUUUCUUUUCGUCUUUGUAUAAAGAUGCGUUUCAACAAUUUUCACGAAUACGUUUCAUAAACGACCGUUAAUAUUAUAAUUUACUCGGAAACGGUAUUUUACCAAUCAAUGUUGACUACUCAAACUGAGAAAAAGGCAUAAAAGUUUGUUCACUUCCCAUCAUUUGGAGACCUUGACACUCAUCGGUUUCAACCGGGACUAAUCGCAAGAACACGUAUAGAAAACGAAAGUGGGAACAGAUAAAAUUGAUCGCGAUCGACAAAUCGCAUGCGCAUAGAUCGCAGUGCAUAUAUAUGUCAUAUAUGCGUCACGUGGAAUCUGAUGCAGCUGAAAGUGCGAUAAGUAAAGCACUAAGAUGGAAAGUGACACUCGUGUAUUCGCCGAGCUUGAAGAUUAUAAAAGCUCUGUACACCGAUUUGCUCAGAUCGCGCUCGUCUUCGACAGUAUGCUCUUUUUCACGAUCCUUUAUCUGUUCGUUUAUAUAAUCGGUCGACAGAUUUAGAGGUUAGGUGACCCGUGUCCUUCGUCGCGAACCCAGUAACCAAGUGCGAGAAAAUUAACAACACAAGCUGAAUGCCAUCCACGUCGAUGGUACGCAAAGGCGAAUCGUUCUUUUACGGUUUGAGUAACGCGCGGGCGAAAUUCGAAACAUGAGACAGGAAAAUACGAGGGUGGUGUGAUUGAAUUUCAGUGUCAAAACAAUGGAAAUCGACGAAGGAAUCGUUCGUAAACGGACAUUUCAGAGCUAUCUGCAACGUGUACCGCAGCGAAUUUCAGAAGUGGUCGAACACUUUUUCUAUGGACUUGGGUUGAAAAUAGCAGAGAGACCACUGAGGUGGUUCGUCUGUAGCAUUGUGAUAGUCUUAAUUUCUCUUUCGGGUUUAUAUCGUUUUCACCAAGAGAAGAAUCCUGUAAGAUUAUGGAUUCCGCAGGAUUCAGAUUUUGUUCGAGAUACAGACUGGAUGAUUGAUCGGUUUGGACAAGGUCUAAGAAUGGAAAACAUGUUAUUAACAGCAGAAAAUGUAUUAGAACCAGAGGCUCUCGCAACACUGAACGAAAUAAUAAAGCAAGUUAUUUCUAUACAAACUCCUGACCGCAUUGCAUGGACAGAUGUGUGUUUCAAAAUACCUGUGAUAUCAGGUGUUGCGAAGAGAGAAAAACGUAGUAAUGACAAUGAUGAUUUUUUUGACAUGGAACCUGAGUCACAAAUCAAUGGUACCACAUUUGAACCUGCAGUUCAUACUGAUCCAGAAUUAUAUUGUAAGAUAGUGAAUAAUUUGCCAAAAGCUUGCCUUAUAAGUAGUCUUGUAGACAUAUGGGAAUAUGAUACUAAUGUUAUUCUUCAAAAGUCAAAAAAUGAAAUAAUCAGGGAUGUAAAUAAAAUAAAAGUUAGCCCUACCUUAGGACAUCCUUUAAACUUCACAAAUUUAUUGGGUGGGAUAACAACAGACGAGCAAGGUAGAAUCAUAUCAGCAACAGCUGUAAAAACACAAUGGGCAGUACAUAUAAAUUUUUCGAAAGUGGAUAUGGAUAAUUUUGGCAAUGAUGUUGGAACAGCUGAUUGGGCUACAGAAGAGGUUUUUAAAUGGGAAGUGUCUUAUUUAAAUGUAUUAAAUAGAAAUGCAGAACAAUUAAAUAAUAAGAAAGAUGCAAAUAAUACUCUUGCCAUAUGGUACGAAGCUGGUAGAAGUUUUGGGGAUGUAACAUAUGUGACAAUGUUCGGACAUAUAGAUAUACUGUCAAUAGGAUUCAUUUUGAUGUUCUUUUACGUUCUAGUCAUAUUUUCCGAUUUCAAUUGGGUAGGAUGGCGAAUUUAUUUAACAUGUAUUGGCCUUUUGUGUGUGGGCGGUGCAUUCGUAGCUUCAGUCAGUAUAUGUUCGUUAAUUGGUAUACCAUAUGGGCCUGUACAUACUUCUUUACCUUUUCUCUUAUUGGCCCUUGGAGUAGACGAUAAUUUUUUGAUAAUGGCAUCUUGGAAAGAAAUACACGCACACGAAUCAAGCAGAAAUAAGCCAUUGAAAGAAAGAAUAGCUUUAAUGUUGGGACAUGCAGGUUCAGCUAUUACUAUUACUUCUCUUACUGACGUAGUUGCCUUUAUUAUUGGCGCAUCAACAAUAUUACCAUCCCUUCAGUCAUUUUGUAUUUACGCAGCAGUCGGAGUAUUUUUGACAUUUUUACUUCAAAUCACAUUUUACGUUGCUUUUUUUACUCUGGACGCUCAACGAAUUGAGAGCAAAAGGAACUCGAUAUUUCCGUGGAUCGUUCACGAAAAUUAUACUCAAAAAUUCGUCAGUUCACAAGAGGAACCAACUUCCAAAUUCAUCACGAAAUUAUAUACACACGUUGUGUUAACAGUACCUGGCAAAAUACUGAUAGUAUUAAUAACUAUUGUCGCUGCAUCAGCGGGCAUUAUGGGUAUAUUACAGUUACAACAGUGGUUCGAUCCAACUUGGUUCAUACCAAACAGUUCAUACCUAAGCAAGUAUUAUAGCGUGUACCAUCGUGAAUAUCCAGAACACGGCUACGAGGCUAUCAUUCUCAUGGGAGAAUACAAUUACACUGCCGAGUUUCCUAAGCUGAUAAAUUUAACGGAAACAUUCACUAAUUUAUCAACAGUGCAAAGUUUACAUUCGUGGCCGAACGAUUUCACAAACUUCGUGUCUAAGUAUUUUGCAAAAGAUUUAAGAACCACAACACUUAGCGACACACAAUUUAGCGAGUAUCUAUCAAAAUUCUUAUUUAGUCAAAAUGGUGGCAAGUACCAGCGGAAUUUCCGUUUCAAAAAAGACCUAGUAUGCGGUCAAAAUACACCACCGAUUAUAGCGAGUACCAUAGAUUUUAUCUUCAAACGAUUCCACACCCCUCACGAGUGGAUCCCAGCAAUGGACCAAAGUAUACAGAUGACCCGUGAGGCUGGAAUCGAUGGGUUCAUUACAGUUUGGAGCGAAGUGUUUAGUCUAUGGACCACUGAUAAACUGAUCUCUCAAGAAGUCCUACGCAACGUUUUGUUAGCAUUAGUCUGCGUUAUGGGAAUGACAGGGUUACUGAUCGCUGAACUACAGACUUGUUUCUGGAUCUUCUUAUGUGUUCUUCUCACAUUGCUAAAUGUCUGCGGGUUCAUGCAUUUUUGGGGGAUGACAAUAGACAUUGCAUCUUGCAUCGGUCUGGAGUUGGGCAUUGGAUUAUGCGUCGACUACGCGGCUCACGUUGCACACGCCUUUGUACACGCUGCGUCUAAUAUCGGAAGUGAGGAUCGCAUAAAAAGAGCUCACGUUGCGGUAAGAUACAUAGGCGCAGCAGUUGCAUAUGGCGCAGGGUCCACUUUGUUGGCACUCUCUAUGAUGGCGUUCUCGGAGAGCUAUGUGUUCCACGCGUUUCUGAGGAUCUUCGUCUUGGUGAUAUUGUUCGGGCUCUGGCACGGAUUGUUCUUGCUACCAGUGAUAUUGAGCACGAUCGGUCCGCGGAGUCUGCAGCAGUAUAAAUCGAAACCGUCAUCGGAGAAAGAAUACGAGGAAACAGCGACAAUAGACACGGUGACCACUCCAUUGAACAAAGAACCGGAAGGUUAAGAGAACAUACGACUAAUAAUCGAUUCUUUAUAACAUUGACGCUCCCCACCGAAGAAACACAAGGAAACAGCUACUAUGGACACGCCGACGCACUCCGUCGAAGAAAGAAACGGAAAGUCAAAAGAAACGCACGACCAAUGAUCGAUUCUUUAUCAAUAAUAUUUAUUUUUGGUUCAAUAAACAUACAAAAUUAUUACACUAUCCGUACUAUUAAUCACACAUUUAUACAAAAAUAAUAAUAAUAAUAAUAAUAAUAAUAAUAAUAAUAAUAAUAAUAAUAAUAAAGGUCGGAUAACUUAA